GUCACCAUCUGUUUAUCUUCCAGGAAGAAGACACUUUUGAUCUCAGUCUUUGUCCAGUCAACUCAUGCACUCGUCUUAUAUGAUGACCUCUUCUUCAAUCUGAUGAGUACUUCAAAUUGAAACCUUUGAAUCUUUGCUACAUUGAUGGCAAACCAACUUGUUCUCCUUGAAGCUCACUUAGAUGGCAAAACAUCUGCCCCUCGCAGCUUGGUCACCCUUAAUUGGAGGGACCUUAUCAGUUCUAGUUCUACCUGGGAGGAUACAAAUUAUAAACGAACCGCCAUUGCAAGCCUUAUACAGGCAGUUUACUUGCUUGAACAAGAUAGACAGGAGAACAGAACACAAGAAAAUGCUCAAGCUCCAAAUUUUUGGAUUCCCUUUAAGUACAAGCUCACACAAACGUUGAUUGAUGAAAGAGAUGGAUCCAUUUUCGGUGCAAUAUUCGAGUGGGAUCGAUCUGCAGCUGACUUAAGUCCAUUUAGACCAAGUGGUGCCCCCAGAGCCGUUUUAGCACUCAGAGGAACAUUACUUAGAAGCCCUACAAUGCGAAGAGAUAUUGAAGAUGACCUCUGUUUCGUUGCGUGGAAAAGCUUGAAAGGGUCUGCUAGGUUUAAUGCAACUAUGGAUGUCCUAAAAUCAAUUUGUAGUACACAUGGAAGCAGUAAUGUGUGCAUUGCAGGGCAUUCCUUGGGGGCCGGAUUCGGUCUUCAAGUGGGACAGGAGCUAGCAAAAGAAAGGAUCAAUGUGGAGGCACAUUUGUUUAAUCCACCUGCUGUUUCACUGGCUGUGAGACUUGAAAAUAUUGGAGAAAUGGCAGAAUAUGUCUGGAAUAUAGUUAAAUCUAUGCUUCCUUCAGGUAGUGAGGCUCAAGCCAGCAAUGAUGACAAAACACUCUGUAUGAAGUUGACGAGAUUGAUAGCUAGAUUAUCAGGCUUGAUGGAUGAAUGUUUUCGAACGAGCAAAUGCAAAUGGGUUCCUCAUCUGUAUGUUAACACCAAUGAUUGGAUCAGUUUCUUUUAUAUUCAUACUGAUGGUGGAACAAGAGAGAAGAUCACUGAGAUGAGGAAUAGGGGUCCUACAGAUGAGCAAAAUGCAGCGAAAUUGUUUGUUGUCCACAAGGAAAACCAGAAAUUUCUUGAGGCUCAUGGCCUCAAACAAUGGUGGUCAAGUGAUGCAGAACUUCAGCAGGAUAUCCGUAGUUGCAAAGUUAUGAGCAGGCAACUCAGAUCUUUGAACACUGGCACACUUUCUCAAGUGAUACUCUUCUAUUAUCCACAUUCUAUUUCAUUAGCCAUGAGUGUCAUAAAUAUAAGACAAAUGACAGGUUUUGUCUGGAAUGUACUUCAAUCCGUGCCUCCAUAUUCUAUUUCAUUAGCCAUGAGUGUCAUAAAUGUUAGACAAAUGAUAGAUUUUGUCUGGAACGUACUUAGAUCAGUGCCUCAUUUAACUAUAAGUGCAAAAGCUCACUUAUCUUGCAUGAAUGAUGCUGUUUAUUGGGUAUGCAAAUGGGUCCCUUAUCUGCAUGCUGGCAAGAAUGAUCGCACUGGAGAUACGAUGAAAAAGUUCUUUGUUGUCUCCAAGGAACAACAGAAGUUUCUUGCAGCUCAUGGCCUAGAACAAUGGUGGCCAAGUGAAAAGGAACUUCUAGCUAUCCAUAAUAGCCAACUCAUAAGCAGGCAAGUUAGUUCCUUAUACACCACAUCUUGGGAAGUCAUGGAAAUACUAAAUCCAUCUUCUGGUGCACUUUCCAUGAGUUUCAGUAAUAUUGGAGAAAGGGAAGAAUUUGUGUGGAAAUGGAAUAGUCUUAAAUCGAUGCUUCAUUCAAGCUCUGAAGCUCAGGUUAGAAAUGAUGGAGACAAUGCUUUUGGUGUAGGUUUCAAGGGUUGGAUGCCACAGUUAUCUAGCAUGAAGGAUGCUGCUUAUUGGGUUUACAAAAGGGUUCCUUAUCUGUGUGUUAGCAAAAAUGGUGGUGUGGGAGAGAAGAUGCUUGAGAAGGAGAAUACGGGGCCCCCAAAUGGGCUAAUUACUGCGAAACUGUUUGUUGUCUCCAAGGAAAAGCAGAAAUUUCUUGCAGCUCAUGGCUUGGAACAAUGGUGGCCAAGUGUCCAUAAUAACCAACUCAUAAGCAGGAUAUUUAGAUCAGUAUAUCCCACUACAGCUUGGGAAAUAACACAAUUACUGAAUCCAUCUUCUGUUUCACUUGCCAUGAGUCUCAGUAGCAUUCGAGAAAGGGAGGAAUUUGUCUGCAAAUGGAACAGUCUUUUAUUUGUGCCUCAUUUAAGUGGGAAAGCUCAAGUCAUCGAUGAUGGAGGCAUUACUUCAGGUGUAGGUUUGAGGGGUUGGAUACCUCAGUUAUCUGGUUUGAAGGAUGCUGCUUAUUGGGUCUGCAAAUGGGUUCCUAACCCUUUUGUCCGCAAGAAUGAUGGCGCAGGAGAGACGAUGAUUGAGAAGGAGAAUAUAGGUCCUACAAAUGGGGAAAUUACUGCAAAUUUUUUUGUUGUCUCCAAGGAACAACAGAAAUUUCUUGCAGCUCAUGGCCUGAAGCAAUGGUGGCCAAGUGAUGCAGAACUUCAGCAAGCUAUCCAUAAUAGAAAAAUCAUGAGCAGGCAAUUUAAAUCUUCAUACAUUAUUACACCUUGGGAAGUCACAGAGGUACUAAAUCCAUCUUCUGGUGCACUUUCCAUGAGUUUCAGUAAGAUUGGAGAAAGGGAAGAAUUUGUCUGGAAAUGGAAUAGUCUUAGAUCGAUGCUUCCUUCAAGUCUCGAAGCUCACGUGAGCAGUGUUGGAGAUCAGACGUCAGGUUUAUCAAUGAAAAGUUUCAUGCAUUCAUUCUCAGGCUUGAAGGAUGCUGGUUUUGCAGCAGGCAAGUGGGUUCCUCAUAUGUAUAGCAACUGCAGUGACUAUAUGAGCUGGCAAUUUGGAUCCAUGUACUCUCUUACACCUUCACAAAUAUCACAAUUAUUUAAUCUACCUCAUGUUUUACCAUCCAUGAGUCUCGGAAGUACUGUAGAAAAGGCAAAGUUUGUGUGUAAUAAUAGACUUGCAUCUAUGUGUUCUCCAAGCAGCGAAGCUCAAGCCAGAAAUGAUUCAGACAACACUUCUGGUGUAAGUUUGAAGAGUUGGAUGCCUCAUUUCUCAGGCUUGAAAGAUGCUUUUUUUGGGAUGGGAAAAUUUGUUCCUUAUAUGUAUGCUAACAAGAGCGAUGGCAGAGGAGAGAAUAUGGAUCCUUAACAGUGUAUUUACUCUAGUUUGCAACAUGGCUUGUUUUCAAUCUUAACAAUGCAGCCUGCUUUUACUUCUAUUCAAGUCUUACAAGUUGUGGUUUUCUUUUAA